AUGUCUUCUACGAGACGGUCGUCGGCGAGUGACAGUUCCUCCACACCAAAUGGAAGCGACGAGCGGACCCCAUUGCUUGCCACCCUAAGUCCCAUUCCCACGAAUGCCACCAUUGAGGCGGCUAUUGAAUCCGUAGAAGAGGAAGAUGUACACCUCGAAGACGAAGAUGCCCCACUCCCGUUUUGGCAAAUCAUGGUUCUCUGUUAUGCAAGAGUUGUGGAGCCUAUAGCCUUCUUCUCCAUCUUUCCUUACAUCAAUGAGAUGAUUCAGAAGGUUGGUCACGUGGCCGAAGAAGACGUGGGCUUCUACUCGGGGCUUAUCGAGAGUCUGUUUUCUGCUACGCAGAUGUGUGUUAUGAUCUUCUGGGGCAAGGCUGCAGACAGGUUUGGGAGGAAGCCGUGCCUAGUUAUCUCCCUCUUUGGCGUCACAAUAGCGACAGCGCUAUUUGGCACAAGCACUUCCAUAUGGCAGAUGAUUCUGUUUCGCUGUAUGGCUGGCAUCUUUGCCGGAACCCUCGUUACUGUGCGCACCAUGAUCAGUGAGAAUAGCACAAAAAAGACUCAAGCCCGAGCCUUCAGCUAUUUUGCUUUUACAGGGAAUCUGGGCAUCUGCGUAGGCCCCUUCAUUGGCGGUCUCUUGGAACGGCCGGCCGAGAAAUUUCCCUCGACAUUUGGCAGCAUACAAUUCUUCCGUGACUAUCCAUAUGCACUACCAGGCUUUGCGUCAGCUUCUGUGGGCUUCACUGCCGGGAUAGUUGGGGCUCUGUUCCUUCGCGAGACGUUACAUGUGCACCACCGUCACAGAAGAGCGAAGGGAGGAUCCAUGUCGACCUGGGAAUUGUUCAAGUACCCCGGUGUUGCCCGCGUCCUUGUCAUCUACAACUACAUUGGCAUCCUCGCCUUCAUAUACACAGCGGUCAUCCCAGUCUUCCUAUACAUACCGAUAGAGCUCGGCGGCAUAGGGUUCCCCCCGGAGCUCAUCGCCAGUGCAAUCGGCCUCAAUGGUAUUUCCCAGGCGGUGUGGCUGUUGCUGGUGUUCCCGCCGCUCCAACGCCGCAUCAAUACUGGAGGCGUACUUAGACUCUGCGCCGCUUGGUGGCCCGUCUUCUUUUCUCUGCACCCAAUAUGCCACUUGUUUCGCCGUUUUGGACUUACGGCAUUGUUUUGGUCCGUUGGACCCUUAAACCUGAUUGUUGGCAGUGGCGUGGCGAUGGCGUUCGUCGGAAAUCAGCUCGCCCUGAACGACAUUGCACCUACGCACGAGACUCUGGGUACCUUGAACGCUAUGGCACUUGCACUCUCCAGUGGUCUCCGUGCCGUUGCUCCAGCACUUGCUACUAGCCUCUAUGCGAUCGGGGUAAAAUAUCAUAUUGCCGAUGGGCAGUUCUUCUGGAUCAUAGCCAUAAUACUGGCUUGUGGGCAGAACUUUAUUGUGCGUCUGCUUCCGAAAAAGGCGGAGGGGAGGAUCGCAAGAGAGGAGGACGAGGAAGAAUAG